ACAUACCAAUUUUCCAUGAGAAAAGUAGAAAGGAUGCUCCACUAGGGUUUUUCUUCUGUUCAUUGCAAUUGGUUUCACCGUAGAAUAAUGCUAGAAAUUCUAAGACUCGGUUAUCAUCGAGCGAUGCAAUAGACUUCGGUCGAGUGUUGGAACAUGAACCAUUUAUUUGAAAGUCCGGCUAAAAGUCCAGCUACGGAAACAUGCAUGUCCUACUUUUCUUGAGCGGUGUUCUUGGAAAUGCAACUGGUCUGUUCCUUUUCUUGGCGCCUAUGGUUACGUUCAAGAGGAUCAUAAGAAACCGGUCAACUGAGCAGUUCUCUGGCAUCCCCUACGUGAUGACACUUUUGAAUUGCAUCGUCUUCACUUGGUAUGGCCUCCCAUUUGUUUCACGAAACAAUAUUCUCAUAUGGACCAUUAAUGCCACUGGAGGUGUGAUUGAAUUCACAUACAUAGUGAUCUUCAUUAUAUUCGGACCAAAAAAGGAGAGGAUGAAAGUUAUGGGACUCUUUGCUCUUAUUAUGACUGUGUUCUCAGCCAUCGCCUCCAUCUCCCUCCUUGCGUUGCAUGGAAACACCAGGAAAUUCUUCUGCGGCGUUGCUGCGGCCCUUUUCUCUACUGUUAUGUUUGCUUCGCCUCUCUCAGUCAUGAGGUUGGUGAUCAAAACAAAGAGUGUAGAGUUCAUGCCAUUUUUCUUGUCACUGUUUGCAUUCCUAUGUGCCCUGUCGUGGCUCAUCUACGGCCUUCUUAGCGGCGACCCGUUCGUCCUUGUGCCUAAUGUAUUCGGAACUGGACUUGGGAUUGCCCAGCUGAUCUUGUAUGCAAUCUACUACAAGAACAGGAAUCACAGCGAAAGCGCCAUUAAGGAUGACUUCAUCGAGAUGGAUCUCGAAAAUAUUGAUCAAGUGAAGAAGCCAGAUUCAAGGCAUCUUUAAUUUCUUUCCAGAAAAGACUACCCGUUCCCUUGAAUGUAAUAUGAACUUAUUGCAGUUGAGUUCACCUAGAUCACUUGAAAGGGAUAAUGGAGUUGCUAUGUAUGAGUGAUGUGACAAAUUUUACG